GUUCUUUCUUCCUUUUACAUUAUAUCCGGUAGUACUUUCGCCAUGUUUGAUACCAAAAUAGAGGAAAUUCCUAGUUCGGUUGAAAUGCUGAUUGGUCGAACACCAGAUGAUGAUCGACCAGUGGUAGUGAUGACAUGCGGGCUUGCUGGAUCGGGCAAAACCACCUUUGCAAAGGCAAUGCAAUCACAUUUUCCCAGCUUUGAAAGGCUAUCGAUAGACGAAAUAAUCUUCAAGCACCACGGUCUAUAUGGUGUGGACUACCCCGCCAACAACGAGAUAUACCAGUCAUAUCAGGAGGAAGCUGAUGCCGUGUAUUUACGCGAGUUUCAAACCUUGUUGCAGAGCAGGAAAAACAUUAUACUGGAUCGCUCAUUUUACGCAAAAGAAGAUCGUGAUGAGUUCUAUUGCCUGAUUCAGUCACAUGGAGCGAGGCGAGUGCUUGUGUAUUUCAAGGCAAUCGACAAGGAAGUGCUGUGGCAGAGAAUAUGCGCGAGGAGCGCUAAGCAGAAAGAUGCGAACUCUGCGCUAGACAUCAGCCGUGGAACUUUUGAUACGUACUGGAGUGGAUUUGAGGAGCCUAUUAGGGAAGAUGAAGUCGUGUUGAAUGUAUUGUAAUAGCAGAUUUGGGUUAAGCUUGUGCUUUUACCCGGUCCGUGGUUAUACAUGCUUAUCCUGAAAAUCUAAUUAUAGCACAUACAUUCGACAGGACCCAUGUAAGGUUAAUCAUCUGCUUUAGAAGACUCAGUCAUUGCUUGGGGCUUCGCUUGAACUGUGUUUGGGUAAUAUGGCUAAAUGACCCAUCAGCGGU